GGAGGAAAGAAGGCGAGAAGCCCACCGGAGCCCGGCAGACAGCGGCGAUAAAAUAGGGCAGAAACGUGCGGCUGAGCGGCUGUUUGCGGGGGAAUCCGCCGGCUGCGCUGCGCACUGUGUGAAUCCGCCGGGAUCUGUGGAGUAAAGGACGGAGCUCGCUGCGCAGCUUUGUUGUCAGCCCCCAGCUGCUCCCCCUGUCAGGCUUCCCACCUGUGAGCCGGCUGAUGUCAGUGAUCCUGGGAUUUUAAUCUCCACCACAGGGAUCAGGGCUCUGACGGCAGCUGUUCACACCUGAAAACAUUAGAAUUCACAGUCUCACCUGUUACAGCAGGUUUAAUGUUUGUAUCACAGUGACGCUCGGUCCACACCACAGCAGCUCUUUAUUCUCACCGUCUCCAAGCCUCCCCUCCACUCCACGGGGGAUUUAUUCUGUUUAAACUGGGGCUCAUAACAGAGUGCCGGAGCUCAUUUCCACACUUCAACGGCUUAUACGCUGCUCUGUGUGCUCAUUACUGAUUCAUGUAUGCACAGGAAGACCUCAGCUUUCCAUACUAAUGCACACACCUGUUGCUCAGAGCAGCUGCACCUGUCUGUAACCUUCACCUGCUGCUUUCUGCUGCAUGUCAGGAAUAUUGAUCUUCAGGUUUCUGUCAGAGCUCUUUGGUCAAUCACGAAUGGCUUCAUUUUAACUCCUCUUCACUAACACAGAUCUUUAAAAAUGGAUCAUAGUCUGCUCUAACUCAGGGCCUGUCACAGAUCAGAGGGGGCCUCUGGGUGGGGCAGGUGGGGGCCUCUGGGUGGUGGCAGACAGUCGCAGCCUUCAGUCAUGCUGGCCGGGGUGCAGCCGUGCUUCCAGUUGCUCCGGAUUGGGUCGUCGGCGGGCGACUCGGCGCGGGACCUGUACACCUUCAGGCCGGCGCAGAAGCACUCGGUGUUCAGACUGGGUCGAGCGGCAGAGCUGUGCGACGUGACGCUGGACUCGACGUCGGUGUCCCGCAUCCACGCCGAGCUCCACGCUGAAAGGGAGAUGGGUGGAGGAGACGGGACUCAGGAGGUGGAGGAGGAAGGAUGGAGGGUCCACGUUAAGGACAGGAGCAGCCAUGGCACGUGGGUCAACGAGGUCCGCCUCCAGCCCGGCGUGCAGUGGGAGCUCUCGGAUGGAGACACGCUGAUCUUUGGAGGCCAGUCUGCCCCAGGGAACCCUGAAUUCUACUUCCUCUUCCAGAAGGUCAAAGUUCGCCCGCUGGACUUCGAUGCCAUCACACUUCCAAAGGCUGGAACCUUUUCCUCCGACUUGCAGAACAGGAUUAGGACCAGCUUGGACCGUAAGGUAGCUGCCAACCUGGACCUUUCGAAGCUCUCCAUCAACAGGGCCACGGUCAUCCUCAACUCCAUCGGCAGCCUCAGCAAGAUGAAGGGCAGCGCCUGGACCUUUAAGAGGAGCCACAGCCACGAGGGCACCGUCUCUGACCCCGGCACCUCGACCUCACCUCCUCUCUCCGUGGGCUUUUCUGCUCUGCUCCCUCCCUCCACUCCUCCAUCGUUCACCUCUACAGCUUCGCUGCCUCCGGCGAAGGCCCUCCCGCCGACCUCCAGGAGCAGGAGGAAGUCGGCUCACACGGUGCUGCUCGAGGACGACAGCUCAGAUGAACCCAGAAGUCAAGGAGUUUUGGCCGGAGUCGUGGAGGACGGACAGAGAGCACGGGGGAGGAAGAGGCGGAGGCUCUACAAGUCUGAAUCCGAAGGUUUCAGCUCGCCGCCCCCCCCUCAGCUGCAGCCCAAGACUCUCGGCGACAUCGGGAGGCCACUGGAGGCCAAGCCCUUCCCCGUGGGCAUCAGAACCAUCGGCAGCUUCCACGGUGCCAUGACGAACAGCAGACUCAACGAGCACCUCCUCCAGGCGGCGUUCACGAGCAAGCAAGACGCGGAGAAGAUGAACCGGGUCAAGACGGUGGUGCAUGGAAACCUGUCAGCCUUCCACCCGCAGAAACCUGCCCACGGCUCUCCGAUGGCAGCGAGAGGCAGGCGGAGGACCAACAGCUCCCCGGUAUUCUCCCCGCUGGUGGUGGGAGGGGAGAGCUACAGCCUGGCCUCCCCCUCAGUGAGGAUCCGCACAGAUGAGCGGGGCAGGGUGCAGUUCAACAGAUUUCAUCAUCCUACAGGUAAGCGACGCGGCCGCCCCAGGAAACACCCUCUCCCCCCGCGACCUUCCCUGCCCUCUCCGUCCUCCUCGUCUUCAUCCUCUACCUCCUCGGGCUCCUCCUCCUCCGGCUCCUCCUCGUCCUCCUCUGAUGAGGAUGAAGAUGACGAGGAAGAGGAGGACGUGCCUUUGGGCGGGGUGGAGCCGUGCGCGGCGCCGCGGUGCCGGCUGCCCCAGCAGGACACGGUGCAGUGGAUCCAGUGUGACGUGUGCGACGAGUGGUACCACAUAGACUGUCUGCACGUUGACCGCAAGAAGCUGCUGAUGGACCCGAACGCCGACUUCCACUGCGGCUGUCGCUGAGGGGGGGAGGGGGACCCCCCCAGAUCAGAAGCCUUACUUUGAACUUUAGAGUUGACACGUUUCCCCUUCAGUGCUUCUUUCCUUCAGUCAUAAAAGUGUUUGCAGACGGGCGCAGCUUCAUCUCACGGCUGCUCAGCUGCUCUACACGCAGCGCUUUUCUCUCACUCUGCUCAUAAACACAAGACAAGAAUUAAUUUUUGCAUCCUGACUUUUACAGAGUGAGGAUUUGUGACCGAACAGUAACGCAGCUCCUGAGCCUCAGAGAAGGAGCUGAACCUGUAACUCUGCAGAGGUGCAACCAGAGCACGCUGAGAUGUUUGAGGACGUUCCCACCAUGGCUGCUGUUGUCCCAGGACAUUCAGGAAAACUGAUGAUGUGUUUCUGACCAGGCGGCCGUUUUUGGUGUGUUCAGACCUCUUUAAAUUUGACAGCCAUUAAGAAACCAGGGCAGUAAUGAGACUUCAUUAGCGGUGUCCGUGCAGCUUUCAUCGGCUGCCAUGUAGGAGCAGAUGGAAUCGUGACAGCAGACC